AAUUUCUUUAGUUUCCAUAGUUAAAUGGCACAAGAAACCCUAAGGUUCUUACAUCGCCGUCGGAUAUUUCCGUCAACAACACUAUAAAACCCAUUUUCCCCAUUGAGCUCAAUUUUGCUAUCUCUUUCACCUUGUCAUUGUUAGGGUAUUUUACUUCAAACAUCAAUCAUCGAUAGAAUCUCUUGAAUGGAUUUGAGUACCGCUUAAAGUUUUGAUCUUUGGGUUAGCUCUAAUAGAGAAUUUUGCGAGAUUGUAUAUAUUGAGGUAGAAAGGUCUGAUCUUUAGGAUUCGCUAAGAGUUUAGCGUAUAACCAUAAUUGAUAUUUGGGGAUUUUCGUUUUUGCUGUUGGGUAAUUAUGAUUCCGGAACUGGGAAGAAGGCCGAUGCUUAGAGGUAACGAGGAUUCACCUUUUGGGGAUAAUUAUGAGAGAGAGCUUGGAGUAUUGCUCGGAGAACAGCACCGACGUCAAGAGGACGCUGAUGAGGUCGAAAGAGAGCUUAACUUGUACAGAAGUGGCUCUGCUCCGCCGACUGUGGACGGCUCUGGUAGUGCUGCAGGAGGGCUUUUCAGCGGCGGAGGUGGGGCCCCUUUUCUGGAGUUUGGUGGAGUGAAUAAGGGAAAUGGGUUUGGAGGUGACGAUGAGGAGUUUAGGAAAGAUCCGGAUUACUUGUCUUAUUACUAUGCUAACAUGAAGUUGAAUCCGAGGUUGCCUCCGCCUUUGAUGUCUAGGGAGGAUCUGAGGGUUGCUCAGAGGGUUAAAGGGAGUAGCACCGUGUUAGGUGGAAUUGGGGAUAGGAGAAAAGUGAAUGAUAGCAGGUCUCUGUUCUCUAUGCCGCCUGGUUUUGAUCAGAUGAAGCAGCAGCAAGAGUUUGAGGCUGAGAAAGCUAAUGCUUCCUCUUCUGAUUGGGAUGCUAAUGGAUUGAUUGGUUUGCCUGGCUUGGAUCUCGGAGGCAGGCAGAAGAGUUUUGCUGAUAUCUUUCAGGCUGACAUGGUGCAUGUGAAUCCCGUAGCGCAGCAGCCUUCACGUCCUGCAAGUCGUAAUACCUUUGAUGAAAAGGUCGAGCAGCCACCACAAUACAGCUAUGCAGCUAUUCUCGGUUCUUCAUUGUCUCGUACGGGAACUCCGGAUCCACAGGCCAUUGCUAGGGCGCCUAGUCCCUGCCUUACUCCCAUUGGGAGUGGAAGAGUGAGUUCAAAUGAUAAGAGGAACGCAAGUAACCGAAGCCCGUUCGACGAUUCUCCUGAACUCGCCGCUGCUUUAGCUAGCAUGAACCUGGUAGAUGAACGGGGUCAGGCUGAGCUGGAUGUCGAAAAUGUCAGGGACUAUAUGUUUGGACUGCAAGGUGGACAUAACGAAGUCAACCAACACGGGUUCCAAAACAAAUCUGAUCAAGCCCUUAACGCAAAUGGUUCUUGGAGAAACUCACAACUGAGAGGGUCACAAGGAUCUGCUUAUAACUGUGUAGGUGGAUUACCUGGUCCUUACCAGCAUCGUGAUAGCCAAAAAUAUGGUCCGAACAACCACGCAUUAAAUCCAGCUGUAGCUUCUAUGAUGGCUAGCCAACUUGGGACUAGUAACUUUCCUCCAAUGUAUGAAGAUGUUUCCGCUUUGGGAUAUUCUGGAAUGGACUCCAGGCUUCAUGGAAGAGGUCAAAACUUCUCUGAAUCUCGUAAUCUUGGUAGGAUCAGUAAUGGAAUAAUGGGAGGAGGUGCUGGUCUUCAGUCACAUAUUGCAGACCCAAUGUAUCAUCAGUAUGCUGAAUCGCUUGAUCUUCUUAAUGAUCCUGCAAUGGACAGGAGCUUUAUGGGUAAUUCAUACAUGAAUAUGGUUGAACUCCAGAGGGCUUAUCUCGCAGCUCAGAAAUCACAGUAUGGCGUCCCUUACAAAUCUGUUAGCCCUAACAGCCAUAGCUAUUACGGGAGUCCAACGUUUGGGUCUAACAUGUCAUAUCCUGGCAGCCCAUUGGCUCAUCAUGUUAUGCAAAACUCUCUUUUGGCACCUCUUAGCCCUAUGAGACGAGGUGGUGAAGCUAAUAUGCGAUAUCCCUCUGCAACAAGAAACUAUCCAGGAGGCGUAAUGGAUUCUUGGCCUAUGGGUCCUAGUUUGGAUGAAAGCUUUGGAUCUUCAUUGCUGGAAGAGUUCAAAAGCAACAAAACAAGAGUUUUCGAGCUUUCAGAAAUAGCUGGCCAUGUCGUAGAGUUCAGUGCGGAUCAAUAUGGGAGCCGGUUUAUUCAGCAGAAACUGGAGGCAGCAACAACUGAUGAGAAAAACAUGGUUUAUGAGGAGAUCAUGCCAGAGGCUCUUGCCCUGAUGACUGAUGUUUUUGGAAACUACGUUAUUCAAAAGUUCUUUGAGCAUGGACUCCCCUCACAGAGGAGAGAAUUGGCAGAGAAGCUCUUUAGCAACGUUUUGGCUCUUAGCUUGCAGAUGUAUGGUUGUCGUGUUAUCCAGAAGGCAAUUGAGGUGGUUGAUCUAGACCAGAAAAUCAAGAUGGUGAAAGAGCUUGAUGGUAAUGUGAUGCGAUGUGUACGCGAUCAGAAUGGGAACCACGUGGUUCAGAAGUGCAUCGAAUGUGUGCCUGAAGGAAACAUCGAAUUCAUUAUAUCGACUUUCUUUGGUCAAGUUGUGACUCUCUCCACUCACCCAUAUGGGUGUCGUGUUAUUCAGAGGGUACUGGAACACUGCCAUGAACCGGAUACACAGAGUAAAGUUAUGGAAGAAAUCUUGUCCACUGUUAGUAUGCUGGCCCAAGAUCAGUAUGGAAACUAUGUUGUUCAGCAUGUACUGGAGCACGGAAAGCCUGAUGAGCGUACUGUGAUAAUCAAAGAACUAGCGGGCAAUAUUGUUCAGAUGAGCCAGCAGAAGUUUGCUUCGAAUGUUGUUGAGAAAUGUUUAACUUUUGGAGGUCCAGAGGAAAGGGAAUUGCUGGUGAAUGAGAUGCUGGGCACAACUGAUGAAAACGAGCCUCUUCAGGCCAUGAUGAAGGAUCAGUUUGCAAACUAUGUAGUGCAAAAAGUUCUGGAGACAUGCGAUGACCAACAACGUGAGCUGAUACUUACCCGUAUCAAAGUGCAUCUUAAUGCAUUGAAGAAGUACACUUAUGGAAAGCACAUUGUUGCUCGUGUUGAGAAACUCGUUGCUGCUGGAGAGAGGAGAAGUUUGCAGUCUCUUAACCAGCCUCAGGUGGCGUAAUGUCGCAGGUGUUGUACAGCUUAACUAGGGUGGAGCGUUUUCGAGGAUUAGGUAAGAUGUAAACUUAAAAUUCUGCGGGAGAUUCUGAAAGAGAGCUUUGUUUGUUUUCUGCAAAGUCUGUACAUUUGUUUUUCUUACCGCUUUUAAUAUAUUACAUAGAACCAAAACACAUCCCCCUCUUUAGGCUGAUGAGUGAGUGGAGAGGCAGAGAAUGGUGUAAAGAAAAUGUUGAGGAUUUUUAGGAUUUCCUUCACAUGUACAAAAAGAAUGGCUCUCAUGUCAAUGUGUAUGCUUUUAGGAUAAUCCCAGUUUUAGGGUUUCAUUAUUAAAACACUUAUUUUGACAAGAAAACUAUCUUUUUGGAAUUUCUUUGUUUUUGUUGAUAUAUGUCAUGUUCCUUGUUCUGCAAGAAA